AGGAAGCGUUAAAGAGUCAAAUCUCGUUUGUUUAUAAAAUGAAACCACAAAGUGCUCUCUUCUUCAUAAUUCAAUCAUAAGCCCUCACUUUGAUUUCUCCGUCGUUGCUCCGCUUCCUACUUGUUCAAAGUUUGAAAGAUCAAAAGAAGAAUGAGGGUUGGUUUUUCUGAGCCAGAGACGUGUAGAAACUGUUACCAUCGUCGCAACUCAGGCAUACUUAAUCCUCAAGAAUCCAUCACUUCAGUGCCGGUUAGUUCCGGACCAGUUCAAGCUCUUGGACAUGAUUCUGCUGCUAUUGGUUCAACCUCAACAUCAUCUCCAGUUCAAAGUUCUUCACCAUUCAGCUUUGGUUCCCCUCCUGCUGUCAUCACAUCCGUUAGUUCCGGACCAGCCUUCCAAGCUCCUGUACAAGCUACUUAUGGUUCUGGUGCGUCUACUACUUCCACACCCAUUAGCUUCCUCCCAUUUGGUUACGUGCCACCACCUCCACCGCGUGGUUCUUCACUGUUUGGGCCAGCGCAAGAUAUGACUUGGGCUCUUAAUUCUUAUUCUACAGAGCGCGGUGUUGAAUGGGCCUGGUCCAGACCUGAUGUUGGUGUCUUGCCAGCAUCCUCCUCUACUAGUACAGUAGUUUUUGGUACAACACCAGUGAGUGUUUCUUCACUGUAUGGGCCGUCCCAAGAUUUUCCCAAGAAUACUUCUGUUUGUGCUUCAAGCACCCCAGCACCUACAAGGUGUGAAUGUUCUUUUGCUAGACCUGGUUUUGGUUCCUCGCCAGCAUCUUCAUCUUCUAACCUUUUCGGACCAAACCCUUCGACUACUGCAUCAGUUUUUGGUACAUCUGCAACGAGUGUUUCUUCACUUUUUGCGCCAGCGCAACAUCCACUAAGUUACUACUCUGUUGGUGGUUCAGCCUUUGCUGGUGUUAAAACAUCAUCUCCUCAACCUUUUGGUUUCAAUGGAGCUACUACUCUCUUGCGGAGCUCGCAUGAUGGACAAAAUAUAUCUGCUUCCAACCCUUAUCUAGACAAAAGCCCUGAAGAAUUAAGGUGGGAAGAUUACAAGAAAGGAGGUAUAGGUGGGUCGUUUCCUGCUGCUCAUGCCUCUCCCAUAGGCUCAAGACCCAACGCUGUUUUUUCACCAUCAACUGUGUCGCCAUCAAUAUUUGCUUCUCCAAGCGUACCUGAUCAUCAUCAGAGGACAAACUUUGGUACAACGCAAGGAAACUUUAAUGGUCCUUCUUUUGGUUUCUUCCCUGCUUCUACUGGUGGUGCAACAACAUUUUCACCUAGUGGUUUCGGUCAACCUAAUGCGCCUUUCACUGGUUUCGGUUCCCAGUUUCCGAGUUCUUUUUCAUCGUUCUCUACUACAUUUCCUGCCGAAAGCUCCUGUAUUCAGAGACCCCAUGAAACAGCUGCUGUUUCUUCCCCAGCAUUUGGAUGCACAGUGUGUGGAGCAACAAGUAGCUCCUCUGCUUCUGGUCACUUCACUUUUAAUGGUGCCACAACUCCUCCAUCAGCUGCUACAACUCCUCCCGGGUUGUUCUUUCCUACCGCUAGUUCUGGUCCUAUGAUGUUUGGUACAACUCUUGCUGCUCAAGGCACAACUCCAGCACUUCAAACCUAUCCUGUUCAAGGUUUCAUUCUUCUCCCGUUCGCCGCCAUGAGUUUGCAGUAAUUUCAUUACUCUCCAGCAGUUCAAGCCUAUCUUGUACAAGGUUUCAUUCUUCUCCCAUUCGCCGCCAUGAGUCUGCAGUAAUUUCUUUACUCUUUGCAUCAAACUCUGUCUUCCAAAUUGUAGGACUAAGUCUUUGUUUUGAUUAAGAAAAAAAAAAAAAACAAUUCUGUCAAAUUUAUGACUA